ACAAUGCAAUCCGAGGGAAGGUUGGGCCGAGUCGCUGGAAACUGACCUUUGGGAGGAGAAGUGGUUUUGCACUGUUUUCCUGGCUGGGCUGGAGAUGAACAGGAUGGUCCAAGCUGCGGCAGUUCCAGAGGUGGCCAGAGGUCAGCAGUUAGGCAGCCACCAUGGUCAGGGGCUGGGGGAGUGAGCUCUGCUGGGGCCUGGCAUCCCUCGAUCAAUAGGUGGGCCCUGUCCGGGCCCCUCCGGCUUCCGGGGAAUCUGGCUAAGGGCAGUGCUUUACCUGCCCGCCCCCUUCUUGGAGCAGAAGCCAGGUUAACAGGGAUAUGGCUGCCGAUGUACAUAAGAAGAAAAGCUGGGAAACCACCAAUGGUACCUUGGUCCCCUCCGAUGGGCAGAGCUCAGAGCGGUCAGAGAGCCCAACUCCAGGACUGGCCCAGGGAACAGAACCAGGUGAAGAAACAGAGGUUCAAAGAUGUGAAUCAUUUGGCCAGCGUCCCCCAGCUAGUAAGGGACAGAUCUGGGAUCCAAACUCAGGUCUUCUGCCCCCAAGGUCCAUGGCCAUUUGCAUUGAAUUAUGAUGUUUCUCAUCCUGAGUGGAAAGGAAGGACUCAGAGGCAGACCUCAUCAGCUUCAUUCUCCCAGCUCUUCCUUUGCUAUCAUCACAGCACAGAAGCAGCCUCAGGGUCACCAGGGGCCGGCCAGGAAGGUGCCAUGUUUGUCCAUGCCCGUUCUUAUGAGGACCUGACAGAGUCUGAGGAUGGGGAGGCCACAGGGGGCAGUCCUGAGGAAGGAACCAGUGCCCAGCCUCGGGCCACAGCAACGGACAUGCGGCAGAUCAGCAAAGACUUCAGUGAGCUGAGCACUCAGCUGACGGGUGUGGCCCGGGACUUGGAAGAGGAGAUGCGACCAGAGCCUGAGGACUCUUCCGAGUCCUCAGGAUCUGGGGAAUGGAAGGCCUCAGAACCCCUGAGGGAGGGAGAGGCCGGGGACGGGGAUGAGGAGGAUGCAGCCGAGACGUGGCGGCUGCACCAGAAGCAUAUCUUUGUGCUAAGUGAGGCAGGGAAGCCUGUUUACUCCCGUUAUGGCUCAGAGGAGGCGCUGUCCAGCACGAUGGGGGUCAUGGUGGCUCUGGUGUCCUUCCUGGAGGCUGACAAGAAUGCCAUUCGCUCCAUCCAUGCAGAUGGCUAUAAGGUGGUGUUUGUCCGCCGGAGCCCCCUGGUGCUGGUGGCUGUGGCCCGCACACGCCAGUCAGAGCAGGAAAUAGCUCAGGAGCUGUUAUACAUCUAUUACCAGAUCCUCAGUCUGCUCACCUGGACCCAACUCAAUCACAUCUUCCAGCAAAAGCAAAAUUAUGACCUGCGUCGCCUGCUCUCGGGUUCUGAGCGCAUCACUGACAACCUCCUGCAGCUCAUGGCCCGGGACCCCAGCUUCCUGAUGGGGGCUGCCCGCUGCCUGCCCCUGGCAGCUGGCGUGCGGGAUGCUGUGAGCACCAGCCUGCAGCAGGCCCGGGCCAAGAGCCUCGUCUUUUCCAUCUUGCUAUCCCGGAAUCAGCUGGUGUCUCUGGUGCGGAAGAAGGACCAGUUCCUUCACCCCAUCGACCUCCACCUUCUCUUUAACCUCAUCAGCUCCUCAUCCUCCUUUCGAGAGGGAGAGGCCUGGACACCCAUCUGCCUCCCCAAAUUCAACUCAGGGGGCUUCUUCCAUGUGCACAUCUCCUACCUGGAGCCAGACACGGACCUGUGCCUGCUCCUGGUCUCCACUGACCGAGAGGACUUCUUCACGGUCUCAGACUGCCGCCGCCGUUUCCAGGAGCGGUUGAAAAAGCGUGGGGCCCAUCACAUGCUGAGGGAAGCACUACGCACCCCCUUCUACAGUGUGGCCCAAGUGGGCAUCCCAGACCUUCGCCACUUCAUCUACAAGUCCAAGAGCUCAGGGCUUUUCACCAGCCCAGAGAUCGAGGGUCCAUAUGCAAGUGAGGAGGAACAGGAGAGACUGUUGGGCCUUUAUCAGUACCUGCACAGCCGCGCCCACAAUGCCUCCCACCCCCUCAAAACCAUCUACUACACAGGACCCAAUGAGAACCUUCUGGCCUUGGUGACAGGAGCCUUUGAGCUGUAUAUGUGCUACAGUCCCUUGGGUACCAAGGCGUCCGCCAUCAGUGCUGUUCACAAGCUGAUGCGGUGGAUCCGGAAGGAGGAGGACCGGCUAUUCAUUCUCACUCCUCUGACGUACUGAUGGACGCUGGGCACGGCUGGGCACGGCUGGGACCCCCACCUCCCACAGAGGGGCCAGACGGGUGGGGAGUGCAGAGGGAGGCUGGGAGGGCUUGGGGGGGGCCAUCCCUG